AUGACUAUUCUUAGCACCAUUAUAUUUGGAGUGACGGCUUUAUCCUUUUUGGAGCCCAUCAACGCCCACAAGACCGUGCUUGGGAGGCCCAACCUUCAUUGGGGACCCAAGACGCCAGGACAUCAAUUUCCUCACUCUCCGAAACGCCACAAGACCUGUUAUGUCCCUAGCUGCCAUGGCUCUGGCCGUCAUGGCAAGAAUGACGAUGCCCCUGAAAUUCUCAAAGCCUUCAAGAAGUGUAAUAAGGGUGGAGUUGUGAUACUGGAUGAGGAGUAUACUAUUGGCUCUCCACUUGAUCUUACGUUCUUGGAGGCUGUAGAUGUGGCGAUUACCGGCAGUAUCAAAUUCACCAAUGACAUUGACUAUUGGGUGAAGAACUCAUUCAAGUACGACUUCCAAAAUUCGUCCGCUUUUUGGCGCUUCGGAGGGAAAGAUGUCAAUAUCUACGGUGGAGGACAAGGUUUAAUCGAUGGGAAUGGCCAAGCUUGGUACGAUGCGUUUGCAGCCGAGCCUACUCUUCUACGGCCAAUUUUGCUCGUCCUAGACGGACUUAAACACGGGUCCGUCACGGGUCUCAAGAUGCGGAAUUCCCCUGAUUGGUUUAACCUCAUCGCUAAUAGUAGUGAUAUCUUGGUUAGCAAUAUCGACAUUGCUGUCAAGAGUGAGAGCAAAAAUCCUGCCAAGAAUGGUGAUGGAUGGGACACAUUCAGAAGCGACUCGGUUGUCAUCCAAGAUUCACACGUCAAUAAUAGUGACGACUGCGUGUCUUUCAAGCCCAAUAGCACAAACAUCAUCGUUCAGGGUAUGCAAUGCAACGGCUCUCAUGGAAUAUCAGUCGGUUCGUUGGGCCAAUAUCCAGCAGAGUAUGACAUAGUUGAGAACAUUUACGUUUACAACAUCUCAAUGUCAAAUGCGAGCGACGGUGCCCGGAUUAAGGUGUGGCCCGGUACUGACACUCCAUUCGAACCCGGCCUAUCAGGAGGCGGAGGAGCUGGAUAUGUCAAGAACGUUACUUACGACACACUGUACAAUGACAACAACGACUGGGCUAUUGAGAUCAACCAGUGUUAUGGACAAAGCAACCAAACCAUCUGCGACAAGUAUCCCUCCAACAUGACCAUCAGCGACGUCGUUUUUAAGAACAUGUGGGGGACGACGUCAACCAAAUAUGACCCAAAGGUUGGGACUCUGACAUGCUCCUCUACUGAAAAAUGCAUAAACAUUGCCGCACAUAACAUUUCGGUGACCGAUCCAAGCGGCAAGACUCCUCAAUGGAUCUGCACCAACAUGGAUGAGAGCCUCUUAGACAUCAAUUGUGUCUCGGCGGAUUCUUAA